AUGGCUGAAGCUGGAUCUAUGGAAGAGAAUCAAGAAAAGGAGAAUGUUCCUCCUUCUAAAAAAAGAAGGGUAUCGUUGUCUUUAAAAAAGAAAAAAUUCCAGCCAUCAUUAUCAGAGAAAAUCGACGAAAUAGCCAAGCAUAAAGUCCCGAAAAACACCAAAAAGAUGAGCAAGUGGGCCAUGAAGAACCUAGAGGACUGGUUUAAGGACUACAAUAAACGGAAUCCAGACAAAAAGUGUCCUGAUGAGUUUCUCACACGGCACAAGUGCUCUAAAGAAGUCAUUUGUAAGUGGCUAUGUCUGUUUGUCAACGAAACUAGAAACAAAAGCGGCAAGCGAUACCCACCAAAGACCAUUCAGUGUUUGCUAGCAGGAAUUAUGCGUCAUAUGCAUGACCAAAAUUCUGAGUAUCCUAAUUUUAUGUCAAAAGAUGAUCCAGCUUUCCACACUUUCAUAGUCACUCUUGAUAACCUCUUUAAAAAUUUGCAUA